AUGUCUUCUCAUAUCAGGGCGGCAGACUCACCUUCGCCUCCUUCCCUGAAUCUCUUUGAAGAGCCGGCCGACUAUCGACCCUCGACGCCUCCUCCUCAGACGGUCAGGGUGCCAUACGACUUUACCGGCUCUGCCUCUUCCACCAGCCUUUCCUCCUCGGAUCCACAGAGCACCUCAUCAGAUGCGCAAUCUACCGACCUGACAAUACACCUCCUAGGUUCUCAUCCGCUCUGGGGUCAUCACAUAUGGAAUGCCUCCCUUGACUUGUCGCGCUACCUUCAGUCACAUGCUGCCUCCCUCCUUCAUGGCAAGUCGGUGCUUGAGCUGGGCGCAGCAGCAGGCAUACCUAGCAUCGUAGCGGCAAGAGAGGGAGCAGCAGUCGUAGUAGCCAGCGACUACCCGGAACAGCCUUUGAUUGAUGUGCUCAAGCGGAACCUUGAUGAGAACACUGCUGGGUCGGUCUCGUCUGGCUGUGUAGUCGCUGCACAGGGCUAUCUAUGGGGUGCCAGUGUGGAGCCUCUCCAGGUACAUCUGCCUGCUGGCCAAGACGGGUACGAUCUCCUGCUACUUUCCGAUCUGAUCUUCAACCAUCAGGCCCACGAUGCUCUCCUCGAUACCAUGAACCAAGCCCUCUCCCGCCAGAACGCUCGGCCGUCCGUGCUGCCUCCCGACACACAUCCGAGCCGCCUACAGGACGAUGCUUCCCAUCCCGACUUUCCUGACAAGCUACCCUUUGGCGAGCUCACUACUGCUGCUCCUGAUGGACCAUGCGUGCUCGUCUUCUUCACCAGCCACCGCCCGCAUCUGGCCCACAAGGACAUGGAGUUCUUUCGCAAGGCGGAAGCGACAGGGAAGUGGAGUGUGGAAAGGGUAGGGAGGUGGAAGAGGGAGCCGAUGUUCCCUACCGACCCUGGGUCCGCUUUCGUGCGAGGUACAGUGCACGGUUUCAGGCUCUUUCGGACGGGUGCGGAUGUAGCAAGAUAG